AUGUCGUUCGCGUCAUCGCGCGCUCCGUGCACCGCGCGAUUCACUCCGGCGUCGUCGUCGUCGUCGUCGUCGUCUUCGCUUCCGCGGCGUCGCUUCGUCGCCGCGUGGCUAACCCCGAAUCGCGGACGAUUCCUCGGCCGAUUCCUCGGCGCGUCCGCCGCCGCGACCGGCUCGCCGGCCGCGGAGUCGCCGACGACGCCGACGACGCCGAAAACCACCGACGCCGCGCCCAUCGCGAGAAACAUCGGCGGGUGGAGAGACAACGCGUUCGAGACGUUCUGCGACGACGCGCUCGCGGACCCGCGCGCGCGCUCGGGCCUCCGCGCGAUCGAAACGCGGCACCCGGAGCUCGACGCCGCCGUCCUCCUCCUCGGGUUCUGGCUCGCGACGCACGAGGACGCGGCGAUGCGACGCGCGAUGACGCGCGCGCAGCUUCGGAACGCGACGAAGAUCUCCGAGCGAUGGCGCUGGCGCGUCGGCGAGAGCCUGAGUCGCGCGGAGGCGAGCCUGCGGGGGGAGGACCUGCGCGAUUCCGCGCCCGCGAUGGAGCUCGCGCGCGCGGUGCGAGACGUCGCGAACGAGACGGCGCGCGUGGAACGCGCGGCGCUGUGCGAGAUGGCGACGUCGGACGCGUGGUGGGGCAAAGAGCCGGAGAAGGAUACCGACGGCGACAAAAGCGAGCUCGAGCUCGAGGUGACGGGUCUGGGCGUCGUGCGCGGCGCGUCCGCGGUCGCGUGUCUCAACGCGCGGUCGUACGCGGAAUACCUCGGCUGGGACCUCAAGCGCGACGACUGGCGCGCGCUCAGGGGCGUCUUCGUCGGGUGCCUCCGCGCGCGCGGGCGCGUCGCCGCGGACGACGUGGACAUCGUGGGUGCCAACUCGGGGGGUGCCGAGGGGGGUGCCGAGGACGACGACGACGUCGCGCUGACGAACGCGGGGUGGCGCGUCGUCAGAGGCGCGAUCGACCCGCGGAUGGUUUCCCCGCGGCGGAUGGAGCAAAAGGCGGCCAACGCGCGGUACCUCGACGCGCGCCGGACGCUCGCGGCGGAGACCAAGCGAUGGAAGGCGACGUGCGAGGACUACAAGAGGGCGCGGAGGAUCGUGAAAGCGGCGAGGCACGAAGUGCACAAGUCCAGGAGAGCCGUGCGCGUGGAGUAUCGCUGA